UCUCGCAAAUAUUAUAUUCACGCACACACUCGUUCCAAUAAUUCCGAUAGACAUUGGGAGAGUCCACAGACCACACAGCCCUACAUGCUUUAAGGGUGCACAAGGGAAAUUAUAUCGAUAUACCUGCAAUCACUUCAUUAUCAUCAUCUCACCGGGCAUCGAUUAGGUCGCGGUUCGAAUCUCCUCGACAUUAUCAAUGUUUUUUUCCUUUCCCUGAGUGUUUUUGUUACUUCUGCGCACGAGUUUUCAUUCAUUCAUUUCUCUCUUUUCCUUGCACAAUGAACCAUGGUGAUUGCUGAGUUGAUCUUAUUAGUUGCCAAUCAUUAGCGGGGUUUUUUUGAGAGAUCUGGAGCGAAAUACGAGGGCAGCUGUUAUUUUCCCUUUCAAGUCUCCCUCUAUCUUUACCCUUUGGCGUUUUGGGAUCAUCCAACGUUGAAUAUCUCACCUGUAGAGAAGGAUUUCCAUAAUCCUAGGCCAUAUAUUCCCCUGUUUAGUGCCUUGUUAUGAAACCGAUGAAUCACUGGCUUGGAUUCUCGCUGUCGCCACAUCUAGUAGCCAAUUCCACGCAGCCACAGUCGAGCAUGGAGUAUAAGUUUGACCAGAGCUACGGGAUGAACACGGCGCCGAGUGGGCAGUUUUCAUCUCCCAUGGCUGAGCUUCCGCUGAGGUCAGAUGGGUCUCUAUGUAUAAUGGAGGCUCUCGGUCGCUCGCACAGCAGUAAUAACAACAGCAGCAACAAUGCUAAUACCAGGAAUGGAGAUUGGCGCGAGGGGACAGGAGUCGAAACCCCGCAGCAGCUUCUAAGCACAGAAUAUUCUGGGUUUGGUCGAACCAGUGAUGAGCGUGAAGGACCGAAGCUGGAGGACUUCCUGGGCGGUGCAUCCAUGGCAAACCAGUACCAAGAGAGCAUGUAUUAUACUGAAAGCAACGGUAAUAAUAAUCAUAGAAUCAAUGUGAACCUGCCCUUUCUGCAGUGCAGACAGAGGGAGGAGGUCCCCCCAUCCUUUCACGCGUUGAGUGGAAUGGGGGUACCAGUGGAGUCUUCACAGUCGUAUGAGCAGCAACAUAUGUCGGAGCUUGUUGAACAGUCCCAGCAAAUGCAAAUGCCUUAUCAUGUUAAUGUAAGCCAGGCUUUUGAGGAUUGCAGCACGCAACUUCCUCCGGCCUCAGGAUUUCUGGGCAUGUCGGCGCUGAAAACGUGGCUAAGGCAGAACCCUAACGCGGGCAAAUUGGGGUGUACUAGUCCCUCCGGGAAGUCGAACCUUGGUGGGGAGUUUCAUCAAGCUCUCACCCUAUCAAUGACCCCGCAGUCCAACUCAGCCAUCAUUAUUCCGCAGGCGAACAGCCUCGUGGAGAGCAGGAAAAGAGGCGCAGGGAAAUCGCCGCUUCCUCGCAAAUCAAUUGAUACUUUCGGCCAACGCACUUCGCAAUUUCGUGGUGUCACACGGCAUCGCUGGACGGGGCGCUAUGAAGCGCACUUAUGGGACAAUAGUUGCAGGAAGGAGGGCCAGACUAGAAAAGGAAGACAAGUUUAUUUGGGAGGUUAUGACAAAGAAGAAAAAGCAGCUAGGGCAUACGACUUGGCUGCUCUCAAGUACUGGGGUCCUUCCACACACAUAAACUUUCCGCUGGAAACAUAUGAAAAAGAACUUGAGGAGAUGAAGAAUAUGACCAGACAGGAAUACGUUGCCAAUUUGAGAAGGAAAAGUAGCGGAUUCUCAAGGGGAGCUUCUGUAUACCGUGGUGUUACAAGGCAUCACCAGCACGGGAGAUGGCAAGCUCGUAUUGGGAGGGUUGCAGGCAACAAGGAUCUGUACCUUGGGACAUUCAGUACCCAAGAGGAAGCUGCAGAAGCCUACGAUAUUGCAGCCAUCAAGUUCCGUGGCGUCAGUGCCGUAACCAAUUUUGAUAUCAGCAAGUAUGACGUGAAAGUGAUAUGUUCAAGUAACACCUUGGUCGCUGCAGAUUUAGCCAAACGCAACAAAGAAAUUGAGCAUUCUACCGAGCCCAGUAUAGACAGCCCUCCUCUUCAACUACAAGCCAAGGAUAACAACAGCAGCAGCAAUAACAGUAGUACUAAAUAUCUUGAGAAGAGUAACAGUAUGAAUGCUACUGAUGGGGCAACGUCUAAUAACGUUACUCAGGACUGGCAGCUAAUGGAGGCUCCUUCUGAUGAUUCAAACAAGGUGGUGAGCAAUUGGGUGGAGCAGCACGAGGAGGAUCGAAAGCCCGACCAUUCCUUUGUCGAAUCACUUCAACUUGGGGGCGGGCAUUCUCAUUCAGCAGUUUUACACGAUCUCAUUGGCUUGGAUGCAUCCAACAAUGAAGAAACCAGCGGUCUAAUGACAGACAUUUCUGCUGCGAACACGGCAACAGUAGAUAGCCCUGUGAAUUCUAGCAGUGAGAAUGACGUGGCCCACCGCAAGAUCUCCCAUGUCUACGACAACAUGAUUGCUGGAGGGGAUUUCCCACAGGCCUUGUUCUUCCCUGCAACUAAAUUGGUCAAAUAUGAUAACAGUAAUAAUACCCCCAGUCCAUGGAUGAUCCCACCUUCGGCGGUACAACCAUUGCAUUCAAAGCCCAAUAUUUCUGUUGGUCAUUUGCCAAUGUUUGCACUGUGGAAUGAAUGACUCAGAGUCUGUAUAUAACAAACAAAUCACAUGUGUAUAGCCUGCAAAAUCAUGAAUUGCAUUUCGCCGCAUUUUGGGUUUGUGAUGGCUAAAAGAAAUAGCAAGGAGGAUCACGUUAAAGCUCGCUAAAUUGUCACUUCCGAGAUUUUAUCAUGAAAUAAAAAAGAUGGUAUCCAGCGUACUUGUUAUUUCAGUUUUGCAAACAAAGCGGCAAACACAUGUAGAUUUCUCUGACAGGAUGAAGUUUUUGUUUCUGGGUUAGCCAAGUUCAUAUCGGCAACCGGUAAACCAGAAAUUUUUGCCAAAAAGACCACCUUUGUAUACGAAAUUCUGAAUCGUUGAAGAAAAUGCUUUUAUGUCAA